AUGGAAGCUGAUGAACUGUUCGAGAGUACAACGUCAAGCAGGCUGAAAGUAAUCGACAUCCUCAAAGGCCAGCAGGAAGAUCCAACGAUCAAACGUGUUCUACAGUUUUGUAAGCUGUGUCAAAAGCCGAAAGUAACUGAUCAACGCCGAGAACCGCCCCAAGUACGGAAGUUCUUAAAUAAAUGGAAACAUUUACACAUUGAUAAGAAGACCGGUUUGCUGUAUCAUAAUCAACAGCUGGUCCUGCCUCAGAAAUUCAAACGGUUGGUUUACCGCGAAUUACAUGAAGAAAUGGGACAUUUGGGGGUAGAAAGAGUGUUAGCCCUUGCUCGAGAAAGAUUCUUUUGGCUUAAUAUGAGGAAAGAUAUCGAACAUUUCGUACAGCGGACAUGCCGAUGCAUAAAGCAAAAACAACCGAGUCGUCACACCGUGGCACCCUUAAACCCGAUCGUUACAACAGCGCCCUUUCAGAUGAUAUCAAUCGAUUUUAUGCACCUAGAACAGAGUUCAGGUGGAUACCAAUACAUACUCGUAGUAGUUGAUCAUUUCACCAAAUUCGCCCAAACAUACCCUACCAGAAAUAAAAAGGGAAAAACUGUCGCAGAUAUUAUCUUUAAUGAUUUUGUCCAGCGGUUCGGAUUUCCGGAAAAAAUACACCACGACAUGGGCGGAGAAUUUGAGAAUGAGUUAUUCAAACGUCUGGAACAGUUGUCUGGAGUGAUGCAUUCACGGACAACUCCUUAUCAUCCCCAAGGAAACGGAUUGGUUGAAAGGAUGAAUCGAACACUACUAGGGAUGCUUCGAACUCUCCCCGAAGCUUACAAGUCUCGAUGGAAAGACCACCUCAGCAAGCUGACACACGCAUACAACUGCACAGUCCAUGAAUCGACAAACUACUUCCCGUUUUAUUUGCUGUUUGGACGUAGCCCAAGAUUACCGAUCGAUUUGAUAUUUGACUUACCACGAACAUCCGAUACGACAUCACACUCGGACUAUGCAUCAAAAUGGGAGACUGCUAUGCAACAAGUCUACACACUCGCACACAAGGCGACUUCAAAGAAUGCGGCGAAUGGUUAGAAGAAUUACGAUCGACGAGUCAGGUGUUCAAGUCUUGAACCGGGAGAUCGCGUGCUAGUACGCAACCUCACGCCUAGAGGAGGUCCAGGUAAACUUAGAGCAUAUUGGGAGGAAGCUGUACAUGUUGUUGAAUUGCGUAAAGGUUCGGACAGCCCAGUAUAUGAAGUGAAGCCAGAGUCAGGUCAUGGUCGAAACCGCACACUUCAUCGUAAUCUCCUAUUACCAUGUGAUUUUCUUCCGAUUGAAAAUUGGCCAGAAAUCGAGCGGACAGUUAUUAAAAGAGUUCCUCCCAGAAGUCCCAUCUCAAAACCCGGCAACGAAGAAACAGACGAAGAAGAGAGCGUAGAUGAAAGUGAAGAUGAAAUUCGUAUUACUUGGAACACUGACCAAAUUAAUAAUGCUGCAGCCGCAGACGGAGAUUUCGUUGGUGAACCGAACCCAGACAUUGCCGUCGAUGAAGCAGAUGGUGGCGACGCCACAGACGAGUCUUGGGCUGAUGAUGAAAACCAUGAAAUAACUGGAGAUGAACAGGCGAUAGAAAACUCUACAGACGAUGCACAAGAAGAAGUACGUGAUGUGCGUUCGCAACGAAACAGGCAACCGCCCCAGAGAUUAACUUACCUCGACCCAGGGAACCCAGCUUACCUUAGACCCAUCUGCAGCGAAGUCGUCAAUCAAUUUUACCCCAUGUCAUCACACGUACCACCUAUGCCACUAUACCUACCACCUAUACCACCUAUACCACCAUACCUACCACCACCUAUGACACCAUACCUACCACCUAUGCCACCCGUAGUACCUACUCCAAGCGAAGUACAACCCUUUGGAUCAGUACCUCUAAAGUGGCUUCCUAUACCUUGUCACCCGUAUACGUGUCCCCCUGUGAUGCCUCUGAACUGGCAAAACCCACCUUUUCCCUACCCAAUCCAGUCAUAUUAA